GCAAUGAAAACUUGGAAGUAAACCUAAAUAGUAAAGAGCAGCUCAGUUGAAAUUGAGUUUAAUCGUGAAUGGAUUUCGUGGAAUUGGAGGCGGUGGAAGGGUUGCGGUGGUCGUGGAAUUCAUGGCCGGCUUCGAAAUCGGAAACCACGGGUCUGAUAAUCCCUCUGAGCAUAAUGUGCACUCCGUUGGCGUUGAUGGAAGGAAAGGGCAGCGAACUCCCCAUCCUUCCGUACGAUCCCCUCCUAUGCACUCGAUGCGGCGCCGUUUUGAACCCCUACGCUCGCCUUGAUUACCAAUCCCGCAUUUGGUACUGUCCCUUCUGCUCCCAAAGAAACCCCUUUCCACGCUCUUACUCCGGCAUCGCUGACACCAAUCUCCCCGCCGAGCUCUUCCCUACCUACAGCACCGUCGAAUACGCCAAUAACAAUAUUAUUCAUCGCACUUCUUCUUCUUCUUCUUCUUUUUCUUCUUCUAACUCCCUGCUUCAGCUUCAAGCUGCUACUCCUACUGCUACUGCUGCUGACUCCCGUGGAUUUGGUCCUGCCUUUGUGUUUGUUGUUGAUAUCUCUUCUUCUGAGGAUGAACUUCGUGCACUUAAGAAUGAACUCUUGCUCGUGCUCGACCAGUUGCCCGACAACACCUUUGUCGCUUUGGUUACCUUCGAUUCUAUGGUCUAUCUCCAUGAUCUCGCUUAUUCUCACUGUUCUAGGGUUUUCAUGUUUCAUGGCGACCGCCAAAUUUCCUCCAAUCAGACUCGAAAGUUCCUUAACAUUGGGGGGCGCACCCAACAGCACCAGGUGCAUAUUGGACAAACACCAAUUGUUCCCAAGCAGGGAUUUCUGUUACCAAUUUCAGAAUGUGAGUUCAGUAUCACUGCUGCUAUUGAAGAGAUCCAUUCUACGUCCAAGUUCAGGUCCGGCACCCGCCCGCUGAGGUCCACCGGGGCUGCAAUAUCAGCUGCCCUUGGACUCUUGGAGUGUUGCCUAAUGAACACAGGCUCCAGGAUCAUGGUCUUCACCUCUGGACCUGCCACUCUAGGACCGGGAGUGGUUGUCGACUCUGAUCUCCGCCAAGCCAUGAGAACUCACCACGACAUCAUCCAUGGCCAUGCAAGACUCCACGAUAAAUCUUGCAGUUUCUACAAGCAAGUCUCCAAGAGGCUAUCGGAUGCAUCUGUUGUUCUUGAUCUGUUUGCCUGUUCCCUUGACCAAGUUGGAGCAGCCGAGCUUCGAGAACCUGUUCAGCGCUCUGGCGGAUUCAUGAUUCUUGCCGAGUCUUUUGGAUCGGAUCAAUUCAGGAAAUGUCUCGGGCUUUUAUUUAAACGUGAUGAUGAAGGCUAUUUGAAGAUGAAUUUUGAUGCUACUAUUGAAAUAGUGACCACUAAAGAUGUGAAAAUCUGCGGAGCACUUGGUCCUUGUGUGUCUCUUAAAACAAAGAACAGUUUAGUAAGUGAGACUGAGAUUGGAGAAGGUGGUACCUGUAUGUGGAAGUUAAAUACACUCACUGACAAAACAUGCAUUGCUUUUUUCUUCCAAGUCAGUGAUGAACAGAAAAUUCAACCCGGUUCUGCUUUUUUAAUUCAGUUUAUAACAAGAUACAGGCAGGGGAACAUGGGACUCCGGAAAAGAGUGACAACCGCUGCAAGACGAUGGGUUGCGAACCAUUCCACGGAUAUUGCUGCUGGGUUUGAUCAAGAAGCCGCAGCUUCAGUUAUGGCAAGACUUGCUAUUCUCCGGGCUGAGACAUGCUAUGCCCGUGAUGUCAUUAGAUGGCUGGAUGACACACUUAUCCGUUUUACUUCCAAGUUUGGCGACUAUGUGCCCGAAGACCCUUCUUCCUUCCGCCUAUCUUCCAACUUUUCUCUUUAUCCCCAGUUUAUGUUCCACUUAAGGCGCUCUCAAUUUAUUGAUCUCUGUAACACUACUCCUGAUGAAACUGCAUUUUUCCGGCUUAUGCUGAACCGUGAGGGAGUAGUGGGCUCUCUUAUAAUGAUUCAACCCACGCUAUUCCAAUAUUCAUUUGAUGGGCCACCUGUUCCAGUACUUCUAGAUAUUCAUUCCGUUUGUCCGGAUUUUAUCUUGCUCUUUGAUUCUUUCUUCCAUGUGGUGAUUCAUUAUGGGUCCAAAAUUGCUCAGUGGAGGAAGCUUGGUUAUGAUAAGGACCCAAAUCAUGAGAACUUUAGAAAGCUGCUGGAAGCCCCAGAACUGGAUGCAGAGCAAUUGGUGGCUGAACGGGUUCCAGUGCCAAAGGUUAUAAGAUGUGACCAGCAUGGUAGUCAGGCCAGGUUUCUUCUUGCCAAGUUGAAUCCGUCUGUUACUCAAAAUUCAACAUACACAGAUGGUUCGGAUAUUAUCUUUACCGAUGAUUUGAGCUUGCAAGUUUUUCUAGAUCAAUUGCAGGUACUGGCAGUGCAAGGCUGAUCAAGAACAGCAUUCAUUAGGCUUAUUCUCUUUAUUACAGGUCACGUGAAAAGAAAAAGAAAAAAAAAAGGAAAUUUGUAAGUAGUUUUCAAAGAUGAGUUUUCAUGUUUUCGGCAGAUUGUGUUUCCUUAUUUACUUACGAGUUGUAAAUUAUCUGAUUUCUUAUAUGAUUAGAAUAUUGUUUUGUCCAUUAGACUAGUUUCGAAGCGGUAGCAUAUUGUUACUAUUUCGCUGACUAGGAACUGUAUUAUUCCUCAGUUUUUUUGCCUGUACUGUA